AUGACGGAAGCGGAGAAUGGUGACAACUCGAAUGGCGGCACUCGGAGCAGUGGCCAGGAGUCUAUCGAGCAGGUCAUAGAGAUCGCGCAACAGUGGCAGAACGAGGACGGACAGUUCCACAUCACGGCGGAACAAAUGCGUACGUUCCUAGAGCAGGCCAGGAGUCUCAUGGUGACAGAAGCGUCGAGUGCCGGUCAGGGCGUAAGCUCAAAGGCCACGGCGGACGCGGACAACACCAAGAAUGGCCAAGGAGACGAACGGGACGACCAGCUGUCAUGGAACUCGUCGGCCCGUUGGAGCAAAGUAGGCGACACAGCUGUCGCCAGUCCAGCUCCACGAGGGGAACGAGAUCCUUGGCAGUCAGACGGACAAGAUCCGUGGGGCCAGGCUUCAAGCAGCUGGACAGACAAGUACGCCAGCUGGAAGGAUCACUCCAACGGUUGGCAGGACAGGUUCGACAGCUGGAGAGACACGUCGAACGAAUGGCAGUCGAACUACUGGCGGAGCCGCGACUGGAACGGCAGCAAGUGGGGUGAGGCGUCGGGGACCGAGAAGUGGAAGACCGAAGAGAGGCGCGGGAGGGACUUCGCCGAUCCUGAGGCGUGGCCGGGCUGGUCAGAGUUCAAGCUAUGGCGGCGGAAGGUGAUGCGAUGGCGGCAGACGACAGAUGUGGAGACACACAAGCACGCGGACCGCAUCAUGAAGCUGCUGCCGAUCGACUUGCAGCGGAAGCUGGAAGACAUCACCGACGAGGAUCUGAUAUCAGACAACGGAGCAGACAAGGUCAUAGCCAGGCUGGAUCUGCUCUCGGGAGAACGAGUCGGAGACGAGAAGCGUAAAGCAGGACGUGAAUGCUUGUUUUCGUUUCAACGCAAGCAAGGAGAAGGACUCACUGAGUACGCAGCAAGGUUGGACCUGGCUUUCGACAAGGUCGGUACCCUCGGGCUUCCUCUACCAGAUGAUUGGAAAUAUAUGUUCUUGGAAGAGGGAGCUGGACUGGACGAGAGAGGUACUCAGUUGAUGAAGAUUCAGAUGAAAACAAAGGAUUCCUACAAAGAAGCCUUGGCAGCCAUCCGAGAGAUGGACGUGACCAGGCGGGAACAUCUUAGCAAUCACCGAUCUCGAGCCUACCACGUCGAGCAGCCGGAGGUCGUCAAAUCAAGUUUCCCUGUUCAUGAGCCCAACUCCGUUGACGACCAGGACACGGACUCUCUACUCGACUGGGACGACGUAUCUUCUUUGGACACUGAGGGUGAGGCAGAGAUAUAUGUAGCGCUGGACAAGAUGGACCUGUACGACGAUGAGCUCAAGUACGUGUUCAACACCAUGCAAGAGGACAGGCGCAAGACAUGGAAGCAGAACCGCGACUUGAAGAGGAAGCUCAAAGUGGACCGUAAGUUCUUCGACCGCUCGAAAGAGAACGACAUCAAGAGCGGCGACAAGAGCAAGUUCAACAGGGGACAUCGCUCGGCGAAAGGAGAGCAUCGACCCAGACGCAAUCGACUACCUCUCGCGGAGCUGAUCAAGAGGACCAAGUGCAGGUCUUGCGGCAAGAAGGGCCACUGGUCACGCGAAUGUCCAGACCGGAGCGGCCAGAGCCACAGCGCCAGUGCAACCGGAGGAGGGACGGCGUCUUUCGUCACCGGCUACGUGUACGCAAACGUGGUCGACCCCAACGCCCCGGAGGACGUGUCCAGCGGCCAGGAGCGACAGCAGCAGGACGAGCUGGUGCUUCUCACCGUCCCGCCCGGGGAGGCGGUGGUGGACACCGCAGCAGGACAGGGGCUGAUCGGAAAGAUUGAUGACUUUCAGGCCUCGGGCGCCGAUUUCAAGUGCCCAGAGGCGGUCUUUCAGCGGCAUCCUUCGCUGAAAGAGAGUGAUUUUCACUGCGACUGUGGCCGCUCAGGCAGCUCGGGAAAGUACACACCCUUCUACCUCGCCUCCAGCAGCGACCAGGGAGGCCGAGAGAGCCUAGCCGAGUCUGGCCGUGGCGACCCUAGGGAAUCAGCAGUCGCGAUGCCGAGGAAGGCGCAACCUACCGAGGCUCAGCUUCGCGAGAGGCGCCCGGCCACCAUGGCCGAGCAGGUGGCCGGCACCGACACGACCUGGACAUACGCUGUGACGGGCACGACAGUACCGGACCACCUCAACAAGGCUCAGCGCAGCUGGGCAUGCAUGGUCGGCAGCACCAUGUUCUGGCUCAACAAGCUCGCCGACGAGUUUGGGCGCAUGAUGGUGACGCGCAGAUUCUGGCCCACCAACCUGCCGAAGUCGCUGAAGGUCGUGCCCCAGGCCUACUAUACUUGUUGGCAUCCCCCGAUCAGCGUCGACUACGGCUGCAAUGGAUAUGGUGCCUGGUGGGUCUGCUCGGACUGCACCAUGCGAGUUGGAUACCUCGACAAGAAGCCAGACAAGACGAAGAAGGAGCCGGACGUGACAUGUCUGUGCAAGCGCAGGACUGCGGCGUGCUCGCUCUGUGGGCGGGGUUUCGCUCAACAGAAGGGCGCAGACCCAGAAUGGCGGGCUCUAGUGGCCGCUCCAGCGCCGCCGCCCGGCACUCGCGGGGUCACGCCCGCUGGAGUGCCACCGCCUUGGCCAGCCCAGGCCGAGUCGGGAGCCGCUCAGCACUACACCCGAGCGAGCGAGGCCGACCGGGCGGACUGGGUGAUGAGCGAGGCGGAGGGCGACUUGCGUCGCAUGAAGCAACUCCAACGACAGGAGGUCGCAGCGGCGGCGGCAGCGUCAGGGCCAGCUACUCCUCGGGAGCCGCGCAGUCGGAAGCCAGAGAACGGCGAGGAUCUCUCAGAGGUGAUGCAGAUGUUGAGGGACAUGAGCGCCAAGCAGGAGGCACAGCAGAACGCGAUCAGCCAGCUGACGAAGGUGACAUCCGGCCAGAUGCAUGCGAUGGCGCUGCUCCAGUCCCAGAUGCAGGCCCAGAGCCCGGUCAAGGAGCAGUCCUCGAUCAAGGAGCAGCAGUCAAGGUCACCGGGGCAAUCGUCGCAGCAGCCAGAAUCGAAGCAGGAGAUGCAGCCAGGACGCCAGACGUCGAUAGCUACGACCCCACAUCUUGCAACGCAGCAGGUUCCACCAGAGGCGUCCAUCCAGAUGAUCACGACCGCGCCGUUGGUUGCCGCCUACCCGAACUACGCGGCAACACCACCCUUGCAGGAGCCGCAGGGACAGGCGAAAGGUCACGGCAAAGGCCCGGACAACCCGACGGGCCUGAUGGACCAGAGGGGCAACCUGUUGUCUUCUACCACGAUCAGCAGUAUCGAUCUCCCAGGAUCGGCCUUGCCUUCACAACAGUUGGCAGCGGCAGCUCCGCAGAAGCGACCUUCUCACCUUUCGAGGCCCUCUGCCGAGCAAGGAGAUCCCUGGAAGGAGUCGCCCGAGGAGAAGCAGGCGCGGGACCAGCGCCGGAAGGACGCGGAGGAGGCGGCCAAGCGCGACAAGGACCGUCUGGCGCGGGAUGGCUGGACGGCAGCGGGGUGGAAGUCGUGGGGCGGCUGGAACAGCGGCGACCAGAGGUGGGACAAGGGCGGCCAGAAGCGGUAG